GGUGUAUAUCGCUCUAACGUUCCUGAUACGUGUCCGUCCCGUGUGUGGUGUCCGGUGUUUCUGCUAGCCGCAACGCUGGCGUAUCACGAAUCUAUGGGGAUUGUCUGUCAUCGCGUUUCGCUGGAAUCUUUCUGUGUGCUCGCGUAAGGCGCCCGGUGCGCCUUCCCGUCACGAAUAAGCAUGUGUCGGGCACGACUGUUACUCCACUUUUUGGCUCUUAGCCUCCUCCCCUUCGUCCGUACCGACGAGCACACUCACAUCUACGAGGACGGCGACGAAGUUGUACUAUGGAUGAGCACAGUAGGGCCGUAUCACAAUCGUCAGGAGACGUACUCCUAUUAUUCCCUACCCUUUUGUACGGGCACCAAGGAUGUUAUCAAUCACUAUCAUGAGACUCUUUCAGAAGCUCUCCAAGGUAUAGAGUUGAAGUUCAGUGGUUUAGAUAUCGAAUUCAAAGAGGAUAUCUCCAAAACAGAAUACUGCCAGACAAGUUUAAAUGAAGAAAGCCAAAAGGCUUUUGUAUACGCAGUAAAGAAUCAGUAUUGGUAUCAAAUGUACAUUGACGACUUACCAAUAUGGGGUGUUGUGGGAGAACCUGAAGAAAAAGAUGGAAUUAUUUCCUAUCAUAUCUGGACACAUAAAAAGUUUGAUAUAGGGUACAAUGGUAAACAAAUAGUGGAUGUCAAUUUGACCAGUGAAAACAAAGUGAAACUGAUUCAGGGUGCACAUAUUCCUUUUAGCUACGAAGUUAAUUGGAAGAAAAGUAAUGUCAAAUUUGAAGAUAGAUUUGACAAAUAUCUGGAUCCUAAUUUCUUCCAGCACAGAAUACAUUGGUUCAGCAUCUUCAACAGUUUCAUGAUGGUAAUUUUCUUGGUUGGAUUAGUAUCGAUGAUUUUGAUGCGUACCUUGAGGAAAGAUUAUGCCAGGUACAGUAGAGACGAAGAAAUGGAUGACAUGGAGAGAGAUUUGGGCGACGAGUAUGGCUGGAAGCAGGUGCACGGCGACGUAUUUAGACCCGCGAGUCACGCCAUGCUUUUCUCGGCUCUUAUAGGCGCGGGCUACCAGGUCACGGUGGUUGUGCUGAGUGUAAUUAUUUUCGCUAUUCUGGGAGAACUCUACACGGAACGCGGAUCGAUGCUGUCGACAGCGAUAUUCGUGUACGCUGCGACGUCGCCUAUCAACGGGUACGCGGGUGGUGGGCUGUAUGCACGGAUGGGCGGACGUGUGUGGAUCAAACAGAUGAUCCUCAGCGCCUUCAUGUUGCCGCUGCUGGUAUGUGGCACGGCCUUCUUCAUCAAUUUCAUCGCCAUGUAUUACCAUGCCAGCAGGGCGAUACCGUUCGGAUCCAUGGUCGCGGUCACGUGCAUCUGCAUAUUCGUGAUCUUACCGCUGACACUGGUAGGUACGAUUCUAGGCCGAAAUCUCGCCGGAACGCCAGAUGCUCCGUGUAGGGUGAACGCAGUGCCACGUCCGAUACCCGAGAAGAAGUGGUUCAUGGAGCCGUUGGUGAUCAUUAUGCUGGGCGGGAUCUUACCUUUCGGCUCGAUCUUCAUCGAGAUGUACUUCAUCUUUACCUCGUUCUGGGCGUACAAGAUUUACUAUGUCUACGGCUUUAUGUUACUAGUGUUUGUUAUUCUCAUGAUAGUGACGGUGUGCGUCACUAUUGUAUGUACAUAUUUCCUGCUGAACGCCGAAGACUAUCGAUGGCAGUGGACGAGCUUUCUCGCGGCGGCUUCAACGGCCGGUUACGUCUAUAUCUAUUCGUUUUACUAUUUCUUCUUCAAAACCAAAAUGUAUGGUCUCUUCCAAACGGCAUUUUACUUCGGUUAUAUGGCGUUAUUCAGUUUGGCACUGGGCAUCAUGUGCGGAACGGUCGGCUACAUCGGCACUAACGCUUUCGUGCGGAAGAUAUAUUCCACAGUUAAGAUAGAUUAAAGAGAGAGGAACACGUCGCCGUCAUCAUUUGCAUCUUGGGUCGCAUGUAAUUUCCCAUGCAGCGCGCUGCUCACUGCUCAGGAUGAGGAUAACUCGCACUUCUGCCGGUGGCGCGGAGAGAACUCGAGAACUCCCAAGCAGUGAGCAUGACGCUCGAGCGCGAUUCUCAUUUCCCAGCUCAUCGUUAACUUACGCGAGCACAUCUUCUUUUUUUUCUAGGAUGCGGCAUCGCGUACGCAAUGUUUCAUACGCCCUUCGGAUGUACUGUAUUACUCUUCCAACGAAACUCACGUCGGCGCGCAGAUUACGGUCGCAGAUGUUCGAACGAUGUCUUCGUUUCGCUGUUCGCUCAUUUAAUUCCUUUCCUUUCGAGUCGCUCUGUCCCGGGGCAAGUAAAAAUGUGCUGUAAACGGGUCUUACCCGUCGUACUAGUAUGCGCGCAAUAUCUCGAGAACACACACACACACACACACAAACACACACACACACACACACAUAUACACAAACACAGUCGUCUGUCAAUAAUAAAAUAAUAAUUGUAAGAGUGUUAGUCGAAGUCCCAUACGAGUCCGAGCGCUUCGUGAUCGUGCAAAUUUCAGAUCGUCGCGCCGCGUGUAUUUUGUCAUCGCAAUAUUUUUUAUCGGUAUACUGGUUGUACUCAAAGUUUCUGUCAAAGCGGCCUCGGCAUCUUUAGUUCUCGAUGCAGCUCGGCACGCAGUCCAAUGGCCCAGUGAGAAAGGAUCGAAGCCACGGGAGUGAGUGAAAAAUAAACGUUCUCUCCGUUGGACCAUCGACUUCGUUCCAAACCGCAUCGGGGGAAGGACGUACAAACCGUUUUGUAAGCACGUGUACGCCAGCGGAGUUGACAAAUCUGUAAUGGUCGACGGUUCGGCAUACAUAUUACGAGUUCCUUCGAGUUUGCACGAUCGCGAUGGUUUCUCGCGCGUAUAUAAAUAAAUAUAUACCCGGCGCAUGUCGCGCCGUAUCGCGUUUGGGAACGCCACGUGAAAUUGAAGGAACUGUCGUGCGAGAAAAUUAACGAGUUUCCACGCUCUCUUGUAUGCUUUCUAGCUAAAUAAAAUUUAGUACGAGCGUUUAAACGCAACGACGUUUACGUUUACACACAUAUAUAUAUAUAUAUAUAUAUAUAUAUAAAACAUAAUACGAGGCAAGAGAUGAGCUCUUUUUCCAGUUCGAAGGGGCACGAAAUAAAACUUUAUGCGAUAUCGAGAGUUCUGAUACAUGAUUCGGAAUAAAUUAGACGCGAUAACGACAAUGUAUUAUAAUUUAUUAACGGCGUAGUUUUAUAAGGCUCUUACGUUGAUGUGCGGACUGCGUUUCAGCGUUAACGAUGACGAGUACCGCGAGUUUCAAGCCUGCAGCUUCCGUCGUUUCUCGGUGAGAAAAACUCUUAACUUAUCGCUGUGCUAGGUGAUAGUGCAAAGUAAGAGACAAAAGCCGAGGUGCCACACGUCAGGAUCUCCUCCCUCCGUUUGUAUGUCCGUUGUGUUACUUUGACGAAGCGCCGUCGUUAAACGAAAGCAAGUCCCGCCGAGUCUGCGUGCGUUCGCUACGAGGACAUGCGAGUCCUCGUGUCUCGUGAUUCCUUGGCGCCGGCGGACAAUCAUCCGCGCACGUACGUAUGUGUAUUAAUCGCCGUGAAGAAGUGACGAGUGAAUACAGCGUUUGACGAUUAAAAGAAGGAUUACUUGGAUAUUCGCGAGAAACACAAUGACGAGAGUAUUAUGUCUCGGAGGUUUUACCGGAUGACUAUGAUGAUUGUCGAUGGGAGUCUUCGAAAAUAAACGAUUUGUUGUUAGAUGUA